AUGAUUGAGAAACGAACCAAUGAUGCAUUACGCGCCAAUCCCGAUAUUUUCCACUACCCUACGGGUACGGAUAUUAGAAUCACCACCCAUGGAAGUAAUGUGUACUGGGCCAUAACGGCAGUGAUGGCCCUGGCAACCCUAUGUUUCAUUGGACUAAGCUUCCGCGUUCCACGCAGCAAGCGCAUUUUUCAUUAUAUUACGGCGUCUAUUACGAUGACGGCUUCGAUAGCCUAUUUUACCAUGGCGUCGAACUUGGGUUAUGCGUCCAUUAUUCAGGAAUUUCAACGCAGUAAUCCGUUGGUGCGUGGUGUGUAUCGGGAGAUCUUUUACGUGAGGUAUAUUGAUUGGGUUGUUACGACUCCUCUAUUACUCCUAGAUAUCCUCUUAACAGCCGGUCUCCCAUGGCCCACAAUCUUAUACACGAUAUUCCUUGACGAAGUAAUGAUCAUCACAGGUCUCGUCGGCGCCCUCGUAUCUUCCUCUUACAAAUGGGGAUACUUUGUAUUCGCCAUGGUAGCCCUCUUCGGCAUCGCCUACAACGUUCUCUUCAUAGGCGCCAAGCAUGCCAAAGCCCUAGGCACAGCUGUCAACAAAGUCUACUGGACCUGCGGCGGCAUAACCAUGUUCCUCUGGUUUCUCUACCCCAUCGCCUGGGGUCUCUCCGAGGGCGGAAACGUCAUAUCUCCAGAUUCCGAAGCAGUUUUCUACGGUGUGCUCGAUGUAUUGGCCAAAGUCCUGUUUGGAACACUGUUGUUGAUGGGCCAUCGCAAUAUCGAUCCUGCGCAUCUGGGGCUGCAUAUUCGUGAUUAUGAUGAGCAGCCAAAUACGUUUCAUGAGAAGGGAAAUAGGGAUGUGAAUAGUGGGGCUCAGAGGAAUGGGACAAAUGUGGGUACGAAUGCGGCGGUGGCAACGGGUUUUCAUAAUGGGAAUAACACGCCGGCGGCGACGGCGGUGGAUUCGAAUCGUGUGGCGAAUGAUGCGGCGUUUGCGGGGACGGGGUCGGGGACGGGGACGACGGGGAAUGUGGGGAAUUCUUCGGCUGUGUAG